CGAGGAGCGUUAGGACACGUGCGUUACCGACAGAUAUGAAGCGCUGUGCCCCGUGAUACUUACUGUGCUGCUUCUUACUGUUGGAGGAUGGCUGCUCUACUCUGUGAGAAUUGCUCUAGUCGGUACCACCAGCCCCAGCUCAACCAGCCCCUGGAGAUCAGCCUCAUGCUGCUUCUGCUCAUGUUUGGAAAAGUGUGCCUGGAUUUCUUCAUGCUGCAAGUUAAGCACAAGAAAGUGAAAGUUAGUUUUAUGGGAUAUUUUUGUGUCUCUUUGGCACUUCUUGAUCUCAUACUGCUGCUGAACAUAGCUGUCAUCCUCUAUUUGGAGGAUUUUGCACUCUGGGGUGUCAGAUUUACCAAGUACCACAUUUGCCUGUUCACUCAGAUCAUUUCUCUCACUUACGGUACUUUGCAUUACCCGGUGUAUCUCGUGGCAGGUCUGGAUUACUACAUGACUAUAGCCCAAACCUCUCAAUUCCCCCGAAGAGGUCGAAGACUAUUUUACAUCUUUGUUGUAGUUUUCAUAUGGAUCUCAGGCUUUUUUUGUGUUCUGCAAGUUCCUGCCAUCUAUGAAGAACUAGAAGUUCGGAACCAUUUCUCUCCUUAUCAGUGUCCCCUCUACAUCAGCAUGCAGAGCUACUCGGUCUCAGUUGCCAUGCUGGUUCUCAUAGGCAUGGCUCUCGUGGUUUGCUGGAAGGAAAUGAUCACCAUGCUGCUGUCUGUGAGGGUGGCCUCCUUUGCCAGCCAGCCCGUCCUGAUGUUCUCCUAUGUGCCCAACGACAACAGCACUUGUUUCAAGCGGCAGCUUCUGACCAGACUCCUCAUCUGCUUCCUUGGCACUUGGGCACCUUUUGUUCUUCUCCAGUUUAUCAUCUUGUUUCUUGGUGCUUGGAUUCCAGCCUACAUGGAGAUGAACGUCCCUUGGCUGUACUUCAUCAACAGCUUUCUUAUUGCAGUAGCAUACUGGUGUCGAUGUCACGACAUUGAAUUGACAGAGGAGAUGUGGUCUACAGAUCCAUUUGUCAGCUGGAAAUUCUGCUUUAUGCCAUUUAACAAUGAAAACACAGAGCCAGCUGAAAAGCCAGGCACAGUAAUUGUAAUCUGUUAACGAGCUGCUGACUGAAAAGACUGCUAGGGCUGUGUGUACUUUGAUGCUCUGUGACCAUGUCCUUACAGAUAAUACAAGGAAGCAUCUCCAGAGCUACAAUCCGCAGGAAGAAAAUCCAACAUUCAUGAGUACACUAAGGAAUAGUGCACCAGAAUGUGCCACACUUCUACACUGGGCUUUAUUUCCAUUUCAGAGUAUUUAAGAGAAGGCCACUAUUUACAUAAAAUAAGUUCUUGGUUAAAAGUGGUGUUUAUUACUACAGUUUUACAAUUGUUUUAAAAUUGAAUGGUCUCAGGCUUUAUAGUAUAAAACGCAUCAGCCUUUAAUGGGCUGAAGCCUUUUAUUAUCAGUUACAUCAAGGUGACCUACUGUCAAGUUCAAACUGCUGUGGUUUUUGUUGUUGUUUUUUUUUAAGUGUAUUUUCUUGUUAAACAUUUUAUUAGUUCAAGGUUUUUGCGUGGUUAAUGAG